CUAGAAAGACAAGUGAAAAAUUUUUAUGUGCUGUGUUUUUCUCCACGGAAAAGACUAAUUUCCGCGAAAGUGCCCAUCAAAUCACACGAAAAAUGAGUGAAAACCAAAGGCAAACUGAAGAGGAAUCUGGAUGUGAGGUUAGGCAGGCUUCUGAGGAGGAAUCCCAGUUCAGGACUGAAGACGAAGUUUCCAAUCCCAUGAGUCUUGAACAAAUGGAGAGUCAGGGUGAUGCAGGAAGUGAAAUGGAGAAGAGCACACCCACCUAUGAGUGGAAAGACAUUACCAAAGACUUCUUCGUGGCGAUUAAGGAUCUAUCAUUGGGCGAACUGAUGCAUCAUGAGCUAUUUGGGCUGUUCGAGGCAAUGUCUGCUAUUGAGAUGAUGGACCCCAAAAUGGAUGCUGGGAUGUGCUGCAAGAAAGAGAAGCCGCUGCGCUUCCACACGGCUGUCAGUAGCGGGCAGUUGAAACUGGACAAUCUGGAGUACCGAGAAUUAAUUGGGGUCUUCGACUCUAUCUAUUCGUGUCUGGUAUCCUGGCUAGAGGGCCACUCCUUGGCGCAAACUCUCUUCACAUGCCUGUAUAUGCACUUUCCGCAUGCCAUUGAGGAAAAGAGUCUGAAAGCUUUUUGCUGUGCAAUCUACAAACUCACAGAUUACAUCAGGAAAUUCAUAACACACGCUUCUGUCUUCGAAGAAGAGGACUUUCAGCCAAGCACUUUUGCCUAUACUCUCUAUCCUGAUGUCUCAGACAUCAAAGCGUGUUCAAUGUUGAAAGAGGCUGAGGAUGAGUUGAGCAGAAAAGGCAAGGCUUCGCCUGAGAAUGCAGAAAUUAUCCAAUUUGUCGUCUGUCGGCUGAAGUUUGCGCGCGUACUUCUACAGACUUUCGUCAAUCUCUGGCGAAUGAAGAGUUCUCCACUCACAGAGACGGAGAUGAAUGAUGUGGUAAGACAGCUGAACAAUCUCUCGGACAUCAUCCUGGUCAUGAGGAGGAGUAUUGAGCGAGGAACACAGCCUGAAAUGGGCGCAGAUGCGCCAAAUCCCAUGGGAUUCUCUCCUAUGGUGAAUCAGAGACUGCUUCCGCCGACUUUUCCGCGUUAUACAAAGAUAAAGGAUAGAAAUGAGAGUGUCACGUUCCUGGAAGAGCUUAUCCAGCGCCUGAAAUUGGCCUGCAAAGUGACAGCUUGCACGCAUUUCUACACAGCGCUGAACUUCUUCAUGGAUUUCAGUAAGAAGUCUGGGCAGUGUUUGCUGUCCAGGAGUCUGCUGAGAUUUAUCUAUCUGAACCUCUUCAGUGUGGACUUCAACAGUUUCAUUGAGUAUUUGAAGGAGUCGGCGAAGGUGUUCAUUGCCCCGCCUGUGCUCAUGUCGCGGAAUGCUCUGUCCAGCAAUGCGCAGGCGAGGGAGUGUGUGGAGUCCUUCUUCAACUACACGCCCAACAUGCACACCAUGUACGUCUUCCUGCAGAUUUGCGGCUACAAUCGUGCCAGGCAGCGUGACAAGCUCGCAAGACUGCUGGAGGAGUUCGCGAAGCUGCAGCAGGAGGCGCAGCGUCUCGACACGUAUCUCUACAUGCAGGACUCCAAGUCUGAGACGACGUCGCAAUACUUAGCCUGCUUCGGCACGUGGAUUCUCUAUCAGUGCCUGCGCGCCAUGGAACUCUACCUGUUGUCCGGCCUUGAGCUGGAACUGUACAGUGUACACGAGUAUCUGUACAUCUUCUGGUAUCUCUACGAGUUCCUGUUUGGCUGGAUUGUUUCGUCGCUGACACGAGCGGAGUCAUUCUUGCUGGAUCAGGACUGCGUUGUUGAUCAGUCGAAAGCAUCGAGUGGCGCCAAAUCGCGAAAGGCCAAAUCGAAGAAGAAGAAAGCAAAACCCUACGUGCGCGAAAUUCUCUACAAUCAGGCUUUGCAGAAUGUGUGCGGUGGAUUUUACAAGGGUUUGACGGGCUUCGUGAAGGAUGGGCGCAUUCAACAGCCGGCGGCGAUGUUUGAUAACGAGAAGAUUCGUUUCGAUCACCGUUUCGCGCCAUUCGCGUGCCUCAAGACGCCGCCGAUGGUGCCGUACUUCGAGUUCCGCCUCAUGCGCUCGCACCUAUUGAAACUCUCCUCGGCCGAGUUGUACUUGGCCGCGGCCAAGCACUUUCACCAGGGCCGCACAAUCCUUGAGUCCAUCCCGAAUCCCGACCAAGAAAUGCUGGAGAUCUUGCGCGUGACGAAGGUGAAUUUUGUAGUGAUGAAUCUUCUCGCCAAGGGUCACAAGAAGGACUCAAAAGUACAACCGGAGUUUGACUUCUCGUACCAUCGCUACUUCCCAGUCAUCAAGCAGCAAUAA